AUGAGUGUCGUCACAACAUGCCAGCGCCUCGAGGACACCGAGUGGAGCCUGUGCCAGCGCGCCGGCGAGAUCGCGCUGCUCAAGACGCAGCUCAAGGAGGCUCAGGUGAGUGAGGUCAACAACAUGCCAGCGCCUCGAGGAUACCGAGUGGAGCCUGUGCCAGCGCGCCGGCGAGAUCGCGCUGCUCAAGACGCAGCUCAAGGAGGCUCAGGUGAGUGA